GCAUGCCUACUAUGCCCCAACAUCCAACAUCCAAAAGACUCUAAGAAAAAUGGAUGUCCAAACUGCGAAGAGAUCAUGCAAGCCAUAUCCGUUUACACCACUAUCUACUUUGAUGGAAUUACCUCCGCCAUUGAUGCUGAGUCGAGUUGGGUCGCACGAUGGCGGAGAAUGGGUGACAAAAUUUAUGCUGUCAAAGUCGGAGGUCGGGUUCCGGAAGAUGUAGAAGCAGAGCCCGAGAUUCGUGGUUUCAAAUAUUGA